UUCUUAGCGGGCCGUUAUGCUGACAACUCCCUCAGGGUAGCGAAAGAAAUUGGAAGUGUUUCCGGGUCUGGUUAGCCACUCGGAGGGCCAGACGAGGAGAAAACGCAUCACGGUUUAGACUUCCAGGUGCCUAAUCCAAGGUGGUGGCUUUUAACUGACUCCCUCAGUACUAAGAGUGAUGCGUGCAGGGAACAGGGCGCUGGUCUCUAACACAGGCACCGAACCCGCAGCCGCCAGCGGGAAUAUCCUUCCGCGAGCUCGCAGAAUGGAGUCCUGGUCCUUUUAGACCCGCCGCCAAGGGGUGGGGUGUAGAGCGGAAGUUAUGGCGCGGGGCCGAAGUCUGGCUGAUGAAGGGCGGAAGUAAGAGUACCAACUCCGCAAUCAUGGCCCAAGAGGAGGAAGAUGUUAGAGAUUACAAUUUGACGGAGGAGCAGAAGGCGACCAAGGACAAGUAUCCUCCAGUCAAUCGAAAGUAUGAAUAUUUGGAUCAUACGGCUGAUGUCCAGUUACACGCAUGGGGAGACACUCUGGAGGAAGCAUUUGAACAGUGUGCCAUGGCCAUGUUUGGUUACAUGACAGAUACUGGGACUGUGGAGCCCCUCCGCACCGUGGAAGUAGAAACCCAAGGAGACGACUUGCAGUCUCUGCUGUUUCACUUCUUGGACGAGUGGCUUUACAAGUUCAGUGCUGAUGAGUACUUCAUACCCCGGGAAGUGAAAGUACUUAAUAUUGAUCAAAAAAAUUUCAAGUUACGAUCCAUUGGGUGGGGAGAAGAGUUCACGCUGUCCAAGCACCCUCAGGGAACAGAAGUCAAGGCAAUAACGUACUCAGCAAUGCAAGUCUAUAAUGAAGAGAAGCCAGAAGUGUUUGUGAUCAUCGACAUUUAAAAUACCAAAAAAGGGAGAAGCCUCUUCUGAAGAACUGAUUUGUUUCCUCCCUGUUGAGAGGAUAUGGUGAUGGAUUUUCUAUAGUAUCUUUGCUAAAUGGAAAUACAGAAUUGUUCAUUUAAAGUGUGACUUUCAGAAAUGGAAAAUGAGUGUGUAGGUGUGGUCUGUAGAUAGUGAAUUCUUCUAUUUUUGAGGAGCAGUCUUGUACUUGGUCAUUUGAGCAGGAGCAACAGGUGCCUUA